AUGGGUUCCAUACACAUCCACCCCUCAGCCCGACCCUCAGCCGAACCUCCAGCCGGCGCCGACACCGACAACGACGCUGACGUGACCGGGCACCACGACACGCGGGCCGUCUUCUUCUUCGACAUCGACAACUGCCUGUACGCCAAGUCGCGCAAAGUGCACGACCACAUGGCGCGGCUGAUCAACCAGUACUUCACGACGCACCUGGACGUGACGGCCGAGGAAGCCACGCACCUGCACCAAAAGUACUACCAGGACUACGGGCUGGCGAUCGAGGGCCUGGCGCGCUUCCACAAGAUCGACCCGCUGGACUUUAACCGCGAGGUCGACGACGCGCUGCCGCUGGACGAGCUGCUCGAGCCGCACCCGGAAACGCGCGCGCUGCUGCAGCGGUUCGACCCGGCAAAAGUCAAGCUGUGGCUGUUUACCAACGCCCACGUCACGCACGGCCGCCGCGUCGUGCGCCUGCUGGGUAUCGACGACCUGUUCGAGGGCAUCACCUACUGCGACUAUGCGCGCGUGCCGCUGGUGCCCAAGCCGUUGCCCGAGAUGUUUGCCAAGGCCGAGCGCGAGGCCGGCGUGUCUGUCCACACGCCCGCCGUCUAUUUUGUCGACGACUCGUUUCUCAACUGUCGCGCCGCUUACGCGCGCGGCUGGACCAACACGGUGCAUCUCGUCGAAAAGGGCGUGCCGGAGCCGGCCGAGAAGGCGAGCAAGUACCAGAUCAGCCAUCUCUCACAGCUCUUGGAUCUGUUUCCGGAGCUGCUGAAGACCGACACAUAA